AUGUCUUGUACAGUUGUGGAUAUACUAAAAUUAGAUAAGAAUAGAAAUGAUCAAUAUGCAGAGGAAAUGAUAAAGAGAAUUAGUGAGGCAUAUCAAGUGUUGUCAGAUGCAGACAAGAGAAAGAAAUACGAUCAGUUUGGAUUCGAUGGUAUGAAUGAGAAUAUGAUUGAUCCGAUCGAUUUGUUCAGAUUGAUAUUCGGAGGUGGUCAGUUCCAAGAUUUCUUUUGUGACCUCACAUUCUACGAGAUGUUUGCACAGGCAGAGACCGACCCAUCACAAAUCAAUUCAUGA